AUGGAACAAAAUAAGGCCAACUCACAGCCAGACACUCUUACAAACCUGGACGAUGGAUCCAUUGCGAUCGUGGGCAUGGCAUGCCGCUUUGCCGACGUAGCAUCUCCAACCCAGUUUUGGGAUAUGAUCGAGAAGGGUCGGAGCGGCCAUGGCAGAAUACCUGAGCGGUGUUUUGAUGCUGACGCCUGGUAUCACCCUUCGAGAGGUCGACGUGGAGCGGUCAUCACCAAAUCUGGAUUCUUUCUUGACGAUGUCUCACAUUUUGAUGCCCCCUUCUUUUCCAUUACGGCAAGUGAAGCGGCCGCUAUGGAUCCAAUGCAAAGGUUGGGGCUCGAAGUAGCAUACGAGACGUUUGAAAACGCGGGUAUUACAAUGCAAAAGCUGUCAGGGAGCAGGACUGCGGUUUAUAGCGGUGUCAUGACUGCUGACUAUCAGGAAAUCGCCGAAGGGGAUUUAUUUUCUCUAGGAGAUCAUCCUGGGUCUGGAACUGCAAAGUCGAUCUUGGCUAACCGUAUAUCAUGGUUCUUUGAUCUUCGUGGCCCUAGCCUGUCACUGGACACGGCUUGCUCUUCUGCUCUCUACAGUCUUCAUCUUGCUUGCCAGGCAGUCCAAGCUGGAGAAUGUGACCAGGCACUAGUAACUGGCACGAAUCUCAUCUUGCAUCCUAAUCUCAUGGCCCAGUUUACUGCGAUGCACAUGAUCACCCCUGAUGGAAUUAGCCACACAUUUGAUGAGUCGGCUAAUGGAUACGGUAGGGGUGAAGGAGUGGCUGCCGUGAUGGUUAAGCCCCUCAAGGAUGCCAUUAGAGAUGGAGAUGUGGUUCGGGCUGUUAUUCGUGCUACGGGCGCAAAUUUCGACGGCAAGACUACCGGCAUGACCGUUCCAAGCGGAGAUGCCCAAGCUGAAUUGAUUCGUGAGACGUACAAGAAAGCUGGCAUUUCCAUGAAUGACACUUGUUAUUUCGAGGCACACGGUACUGGAACGCCACUAGGGGAUCCAAUUGAGAUGCAGGCUAUCGCCCAAACCAUUGGAGCCGAGCGAAAAGCCUCGAAUAAUGGCCCUCUCUAUGUCGGCAGUGUCAAGCCCAAUGUUGGCCAUACAGAGGGUGCAGCUGGUCUGGCCGGCCUCAUCAAAGCAGUACUGUGUCUCGAAGCUGGCAUGAUACCUGCCGUGACUCGCUUGAAAAAGCUGAAUCCCAAGCUACACAUGGACGACUGGAAUCUGAUUGCGCCGAUGGAAAACGUAUCGUGGCCCCAGGCGGGUGUUCGACGAGCCAGCGUGAAUUCAUUCGGCUUUGGUGGCGCAAAUGCUCAUGCGAUUCUUGAUGAUGCAUUGCAUUAUCUCUCCUCACGUGGGAUUCAUGGACGCCAUAUCACACAUCCAAUCCCUCUCCUGGGCCACUUGUCCAUUAACCUGGAGCAUGGAUCAUCCUCAUCAUCCGCAACCAUUGGAGAUGACACCGCCAGCGAGGAUACCCCAGAUGUAGAGCAGCAAGACCAUCUAUUUGUUUUCUCCGCCCAAGACCAAGGUAGCUUGGACAAAGUUGCUUCAGGCUACGCAGAGUUUCUCAAAGAUGAGCCCCAGAAAGACAACAUUGCUACCAUGCAGUCACUGAGUCACAUUCUUUCAGAAAAGCGGACCAGACUGGAUUUCCGAAGUUUUGUUGUGGCACAUAGCUUGGCCGAUCUAAGUGCCUCUCUUGAGGCAAACCAACUUCCCCGCGAGCGCUCGUCUCCCAAGGACAAAGCCAUCUUCGUCUUCACCGGUCAAGUGUUUAGCGAGAGCAUUCGGCGCAGUCAGAAGGUAGUGACAGCCUGCGGUGGUGAUUGGGACAUAGAACAUAUGCUCAUGACGGGGUCGGCACAAGAGCUAGGAAACCCGCUGUACUCACAGCCUCUUUGUACAGCUAUCCAGAUUGGUUUGGUGGAUAUGCUAUCUACUUGGAAUGUACAGCCAGCUGCUGUUAUUGGUCAUUCAUCCGGCGAAAUAGCUGCCGCCUAUUCUUCAGGUGUUUUAUCUCAUGAAGAUGCUAUGUACGUGGCAUACUACCGUGGCACACUUUCCAGCGUCGUCUCGUCACGAGCCGGAAUUCAGGGCAGCAUGCUGGCCGCAGGAAUUUCCGAGUCUGAGGCCGCCAAAUAUAUCGAUGGCACGGAUUCGGUCUCAAUUGCCUGCAUCAAUAGCCCGUCUAGUGUAACACUCUCUGGCGAGAGCAGUGCAAUUGCAGAAGUACAUGAUGCUUUGGUAAAGGAUGGCAAGUUCUCUCGCCAGCUGCGGACGGGGGUGGCUUACCACUCUCAUUACAUGGCGGUCGUUUCUGAGGAUAGCAAGCGCUUGUUAGCUGGCCUAGAAGAUAGGCUGAGACCAGCGCGAGUGCCGAUGUUCUCUUCUGUGACGGAGGAGCGCAUUGAGGGCAGCAGACUCGGCGGAAAUUACUGGAUGGAGAAUAUGCUGUCCACCGUCCGAUUUGCUGGAGCACUGCGCAAUCUUGUAACUGGUGCGGAUAUCCAUGGCGACGAACUGCUAGACACUGAAUACAGCGCGAUUAUCGAGCUAGGACCCUCCAAAACGCUACAGGGCCCGAUUAAGCAAAUUUUAACUGCUAUCAGCCCUCGAUUAGCAAAGAAGCUGCCAUAUCGCUCCAUGCUGGUGGCUGGGAGCCACGCGCGCAAGACAUCACUCGAGGCCGCGGGAUUCCUUUGGUCGACGGGACAUUCAAUUGACCUGGGAAAAGUCAACGGAAUCUCAGCAACAUCCGAGUUAGACCUGUGCAUGCUCCCCCACCUCCCGAGUUACCCUUGGAAUCAUGAGAAUAGCUUCUGGCACGAGCACCUAGCCAGCCACGCUGUCCGUGUCCGUAAAGAGCCCAGAACGGAUCUUUUAGGAAUGCCGGUUGAUGGCCAGAAUCCUUUCGAGCCUAGAUGGCGCAACAUUCUCAGCUUGGCCGAGAAUCCAUGGCUAGCGCAUCAUCGUGUGGCCUCGGCUUGUUUGUUUCCUGCUGCUGGAUAUCUUGUCAUGGCUAUUGAAGCCGUGUUGAAGUUGGCAGCAAAAGAUGUACAGAAAGGUCGAGUACUCAAAGGUAUUGAACUUACAGACGUGACCUUUGAGACGGGACUUGCUCUUCAAGACGAUGGGUCGGCCACCGAUAUUUCUAUAACUCUCAAACCGCAUGCGGCUAUGGACGCAGUGUAUACUUUCAGCAUUUACUCUGACUCUUUUGACCAGCCUGUACGCCGCCUUGUGGUUGGCUCUGUUGCUGCUACUUAUGAGGGCCAACAUCAACAAGAAGACCACGGGUUUGAACUGGAACCUGUUGAUGUUAAAGAGUUCUAUGCAAAACUUGCAUCCAUUGGGCUGGAAUAUGGCCCGACUUUCCAGGCUCUAGAAAGCAUUGAUACUGUUUCCUCAGAGAAUGGAGCCUUGUCUGAUGGUGCUGCCUGCGGUACUCUCAAGGUGCCUAACACCAAGUCAAUUAUGCCCAUGGAAUAUGAGUUUCCGCAUCUCUUGCAUCCUGCGACGCUGGAUUCUGCGUUCCAUCUGGCCUUCGCUGCACUCGAGACCCAGGAGGAAAUGCUGCGCCCAGCAGUACCAGUUUCUAUUGAGCGUGUUUUCAUCUCAGCUGAUUUGCCUUCCAGUCCUGGUUCCAAGUUUCUCGGCAUGGCCUCAACCAAACGCACCGGAAAAGCGUCGCUCGUCGCCGAUAUCCUCUUUGCCGAUACGGAGGUUUGUGGUCCGCAGAUUGUCAUUGAAUCGAUGGGAUUGAGCGACGUGGGAGAGGCAUCCCAAGACGCUGGAUAUAAUGCCACAAAUUCAGUCGCCAGCAAUCUGCGAACAGCUGACAUCGUAUGGAAAGAGGACAUUGCCAUGAUGGAAUUGCCCCCCAAUACUAAUAUCCAAGAUGGCCCAUCACUGCUUACCUCAUGGCUCGAAUGCUACUUACACAAAUAUGCCAACGCGAAUGUCUUAUUUGCCGGAGCUGAAAAGGACAUGGAUCUUCUAGAAACUCUCCGGUCCACAUUUGCAUCACAUCAGAGGGCUGGUGGCCGGGGUAAGAUGUUUUCCUGCCCAAUUCCGCAGUCGGACACAAGUGAGGACAACACUACACUCCCAGCAUACAUGCAAAAAUCUCUUGCAAAUGGCCCUUAUGAUGCAAUCAUACUGGUUGCUUACGGAGGCCGAGGAAACAGUCUCUUUUUGCAUUCCAUUCCACGCCUUCUUAACCCCGGUGGCCAAAUAGUGAGGCUCGAUGACAACGGCCGCAUAUAUAUGCAGAAGGGGGAUGAGGUGAGUAUUACUGUAGAUGGCAGCGAAACUAGCCACUCUGGCAUGGCCAACUCGAAACAGUCAUCGUCAAUGUUGUUGAGUACGUUAAUGCCAGAGGGUGUGAUCAUACUCGAGCGCGGUGUCAACGACCAGAAUCCGGAAGCCCUGCGGCUACGCGAUGCUUUGACUGACAUUCUAAGCCAAUAUGGAGUCCCAGUGACUAUUCAGGGCAUGGGUCAAACUCCUAUUGAAACCACCAAUUCGUACAUCAUCUCGCUGGCAGAAUAUGGCCAAAGUCUUGUCUACGAUUGGGGCAAAGAGGAUUUGAUCCAGUUCCAAAGUAUGGUGGCCAGCGCACGCUAUGUGCUUUGGUUGACUACAGGCGGCUUAAUGGCUCCUGAUGAAGACGGCCUGAGGUAUAGCCUUACUCAAGGGUUGUUGCGUACGGUUCGAGCAGAGUACCCCCAGCUGGUGCUGCCGCAUCUGGAUAUUUCACCGAACAGCUCAAGCCUUUGCGAAGGCGUGGCGUCUAUUGUGACCAAGAUUCUGAGUAUGACUCUACCCGGCAUUGACUCCGAGGUCUUUGUAGAGACUGAGUAUGCUGAGCUGGACAACAAAAUCUUCAUUCCCCGUCUCGUUCGUAAUGCGGCUAUGGAUGCUGAAAUCGAAUUGCUGGCGUCCAACACCACAUCGAUUGACAUCGGGUUGAAUGAGUGUUGCCAGCCCUUGAGAUUAUCCACGGCGGAAGGGUCUGUACAAUGGACGCCAUGCGAGCCUCACAGCUCCGUAGGCCCUGGCAAGGUUAUGGUAGAGACCAGAUACGUCGCUGGCUCAACUUUGGAAGCGGCUCCUAUGCCGUGGGCCGUUGUCGGCAUCGUCCGCAAGGUAGGAGCCUGCGUGUCCGAUUAUCACGCGGGCGACUUCGUUAUACCCCUUGACGUCUCCAUGGACCUUGAUGUGAAAACUAGCUUCAUUGCCAGUACUUCUGAUCUUCUUAAAGUACCCGAAAAUAUCUCGGCUACGCAAUUAGCAUACUGGAUAACCCCGUUCAUUGUGGCGCACCAAGUUCUUAUUAACCAGCAGCAAACAAAUCCAUCAGCUUCUUACGGAUUGCUGUCUAAUGCGAAGAUGAUGAACCAAUUUACAUCUGAUCUGGGCAAGAAACUACAGCCAAAUCUUACACCUCCAGACAGUGCAGGCCACUCGCCUCUCCGGAGUUCAACACCAGAACUCCCAGAGCGGCAACAUGCCGAUACCGGGGGUGUCUUAAUUGAUGUGGAAGAUUCAGCUUUGAGAGCUGCUCUGGGACAAACCGCACAUUGGCUUGGCCUAAAUGUGUUUAUCGUAGUACCCGAAGGUGAAAAGGUCGACGAGGACGAGCUUGCAGGUUGUACCAUUCUGCAUCAGAUGACCCGUUCAUUCAGCAGGAUGAUGCGAAACAAAACUGGUGCUUCGGGUAUACAACUUGUAUUGUCGUCGCUUCAGAAUCCGGCAACUGUACAGCAUCUGAUGGCUAGUCUCGGGCCAGGUGGCCGCUUCGUGGCAGUCAACCCUUCAACUAACCGUGAGAACAACCUGAGAGCAGCUACGCCUCGUUUCGAUGUUACGCUGGAGCGUCUCGAUACUGCAGAUAUGGAUACAUCCAACAUGCGGAUUUCCAUGCGCGCCGUAUUCGCAUUAUUCUCUAGCAAGACUUUGACUCUCCCGCUGCUACCGCCCUCCAGCCAGAAGCCCAUAUCAGAGAUUGGCCAAUUUUUAGAUCAAGCACAGGAUCACCGACCCCUGGUCUUCUCACUGGGGCCUCAAUCGUUCGUUCCAAUGCUUGUAUCUGGGCUCCCUACUCUGCAACAGAGUGGGCUGGAUCCCAGUGGCACAUACAUCAUUUCUGGUGGCAUGGGUGCAUUGGGUCUUGAGAUGGCAGACUGGCUAUGCGAACAAGGGGCCCGCCACAUACUUCUUCUAUCACGAUCUGGGAAACCAAAUGACUCUGCCCUCUCCGCAAUCCAUCGUCUUUCACAGCAGGGUUGUCGGUGUGAUGUGGUACGCUGUGACAUCAUCUCGGCUACUGAUGUAGAGUACGUGGCAAGUCAAGCGAAAAGGGAGAAUUGGCGCAUUCGUGGUAUCAUACAAGCUGCCAUGGUGCUGGCUGAUUCUCCGUUUGAGUCUAUGACAAGCGAGCAAUGGACUACAGCCACAGCACCGAAAGUCCAGGGUUCCUGGAACUUGCACCAUGCUUUAGGCUGCCAUAAGAAUCUUGACUUCUUCAUUCUGCUUUCAUCUAUUUCUGGAAUCAUCGGCAACAGCGCCCAGGCUAACUAUAGUGCCGGCAAUACGUUUGAAGAUGCACUAGCUGCUCACAGACGCCAUCGGGGUUUCCCUGCCACCAGUCUGAAUCUGGGUCUUGUCAACAUGGAUACGGGCAACAUCGGUUCAGUGGAUGACUUCGUCAAGAAGUUUCCGCAUCUUGCAUCCGUUCUGGUCAGCAAGAAGGAAGUGAAGGCUGCAUUGCAGCUUGCUAUCCGUGGCAUCGGCCUGAACGGUUUGCAAAUCCCUAGCCAAGUGGUAGUGGGUAUCUCGGGCUCUAUCCAACUUGACGACAACGGAGGCAGCAGCUGGUCUACUGACCUUAAAUUUGUCCAUCGACUUGAUCGACAGCUGCAAGGCGAUACUGCAGGCGAAAAACAACAAAAGGUAAACUACGAAAAAGCCAUCAAGAGUGCUAAAACAACCGAAGAAGCAAGAUUAAUUAUCGAGGAUGCAUUGCGCGUCCAUGUUGCUGCGGCUAUGUCGUCUGAUGCAUCCAACAUUGACGUGGAUAAAUCGGUGACAGCUUACGGAAUUGAUUCUCUUAAGGCUACAGAGGUGCGGAAUUGGUUCUUGAAGGAGUUUGAUAGCCGCUUGUCCAUAUUCGAGAUUCUCAGCCCAAUGCCCAUCUCGCGUUUGGCGCUGAGUAUUUUCAAGAACUCUUCAUAUAGCAAUAUGGCAACUAAAUGA